GGAAUCCGCGUAGACUUCGAACAGACCAGAGAGGCUUACAAGAGUAAAGAUUCGUUGGAGAUAUUAAGAAGUUUGCUGGUUCUCAAGAUGUGCUCUUACGACUUCCUGGUUGACAAGAACGAAGAGAUCAUGGAUUUUGGGAAGAAGGUGCUGGGUCAGAAGGCCUUUGAUCAGCUGAUGAAGAUUACCUUUUACAGCCAGUUUGUGGCCGGCGAGGACCACAAGGCCAUCAAGCCGCUGAUCCGGAAGAACCUGGCCUUUGGUGUGGGCUCCGUGCUGGACUACAGUGUGGAGGAGGACAUCAGCCAGGGGGAUGCUCAGCAGACACCAAUGCAGUAAUCCGUAGCUGAGGCGAUCCGCGAGAAGGGCCCGACGCACGUCCAGGGUCACCACCGCGCCCACCGCAACGACUACAGCGAGGAGUUUGGUGAAUCCCAUACGUAUUUCCAUGCAGAUGAAAGCAAAUGCGAUCAACAUAUGGAAACAUUCAUUAAAUGUAUCCAAGCAUCUGGAGGGAGUUCGAUGGACGGCUUCUCGGCCAUCAAAAUGACCGCUCUGGGACGUCCGCAGUUCCUGCUCCAGUUCUCCGAGCUCCUGGUGAAAUGGCGGCGAUUUUUUCACUUUCUGGCAUCCAAGCAGAGUGGAGAUGGCACGGAUGUCUUGGAGCAAAGGCUGGACCUGAGACAGUUGCAGGAUUUUUUAAACGGACUGGGUGAAACAGGUGACGUUUGCAAUGCAUUCGCUGCAGGGAGAGACGCCUCAGGAAGUAUUGACCUCCUGGACUGGAACAGCCUCUUAGAUAACAGAGCAAACCUGUCUGAAAUGCUUCUCGUCCCGAACGUUCAGCUCGGCAAGCUGGAGCCUCUGCUGAAGGACUUCGCUGCAGAAGAAGAGGGACAAAUGAGGAGGAUAUUACAGCGGAUGGAUGUUUUAGCAAAGCAUGCUGUAGAGAACGGCGUCCGCUUGAUGGUGGAUGCAGAGCAGACCUACCUGCAGCCGGCCAUCAGCAGACUGACUCUGGAGAUGCAGAAAGUCUACAAUAAAGACAAGCCGGUCAUCUUCAACACAUACCAAUGUUAUCUAAAGGAGGCGUACGACAACGUAACUACGUUGGAUGUAGAACUAUCUCGGCGCGAGGGCUGGUACUUUUCUGCCAAGUUGGUGCGGGGGGCCUACAUGCAUCAGGAGCGGGAAAGGGCCUUGGAGUUGGGUUAUGAGGACCCCAUUAACCCUGACUAUGAGUCUACCAACACAAUGUACCACAGAUGUUUGGAUUACGUGCUGGAUGAGAUUGCGCUCAACCGGAACGCCAACGUUAUGGUUGCAUCCCAUAAUGAGAACACGGUGAAACACACAUUGAUGAGAAUGAACACACUUGCUCUGUUGCCCAGUGACAAUAAAGUGUUUUUCGGCCAACUGCUGGGCAUGUGUGACCAGAUCAGCUUCCCACUGGGCCAAGCAGGCUUCUCGGUCUACAAGUACGUUCCCUACGGCCCGGUGAGCGAGGUGAUGCCCUACUUGACUCGGAGAGCCCAGGAAAACCGAGGCUUCAUGAAGGGUGCCCAGAAGGAGAGAGAACUGUUGUGGAAGGAGCUGAAACGCAGACUCGCCUCCGGGGAGCUUCUCUAUAGGCCGCUCUACUGAAAGCACACAGGAGGAGAUAACGUCAAGGUUUUUUUUUCAUCCCCCUCCCCUCCUCAUCUUCUUGGCUGUCUCCCACCCGUCUU